UUAUUCACUGCUGCAUUAAACUCUUCCCCACCCACCCCCUCAAAAUCACCCCACGCUUUGGCGAAUCUGUCUACCUCCCAUUCUUCCUCCACCGUCCGAUCAUUUGACCCCAGAUCAAUCGCUCGCCGGCGAAGCAUCGGAUGUCGUAGUUGAAAGCAAAGUUCACUCUGGAUUUGUAGUUGAUUCUCAGUAGUGUUACGGUGAUGUCCGUGGAAGAAAGGCCGUCAUCUUCAUCUUCAACGUCGUCAACGACGUCGUCGUGUAUGGUGGUGGAUCCGUUGUUGAAGGAUCUGAGUGAGAAGAAACAGAAUUUCCGGCGAAAUGUGGUGUCGCUUGCGGCGGAGCUCAAGGAGGUUCGCAACCGUCUCGCUUCUCAAGAACAGUCUUUUGUUCGUGAAACCCUAACAAGACAGGUAGCAGAGAGUAAAGCUAAAAAAAUGGAAGAAGAGAUAAGUAAAUUGCAAAAGAAUUUGGAGCAGAAAGACGGGCAGCUUCAAAUUUCUUCUUUAAACACCGAGAAGUAUCUCAAGCAGUUGGAUGAUCUUAGAUCACAGCUUUCUGCUACUCAAGCAACUGCAGAUGCAAGUGCUGCAUCAGCUCAAUCUGCACAGCUUCAGUGUUUGGCACUUUUGAAAGAGUUGGAUGAGAAAAACAGUUCAUUGAAGGAACAUGAAGUUCGUGUAAAUAAACUUGGUGAGCAAUUAGAUCUUUUGCAGAAGGAUCUCCAAGCAAGGGAAUCAUCCCAAAUGCAAUUGAAAGAUGAAGUCCUGAGAAUUGAGCAUGAUAUCAUGCAAGCAUUAGCGAAAUCUGGAGCAAACAAAGAUUGUGAAUUGAGGAAGAUUUUAGAUGAGGUCUCACCAAAGAAUAUUGAGAAGAUGAACAAGCUGUUGACGAGUAAAGAUGAAGAAAUUGCCAAACUCAGGGAUGAAAUCAGGAUCAUGUCUGCCCAUUGGAAGCUAAAAACCAAGGAGUUAGAGUCUCAGUUAGAAAAGCAUCGUAGAGCUGAUCAAGAGUUGAAAAAGAGGAUUAUGAAGUUGGAAUUCUGUCUCCAAGAGGCGCGGACUCAAACUCGCAAACUCCAAAGGAUGGGAGAACGCCGUGACAAAGCUAUUAAGGAACUCAGAGACCAAUUAGCAACUAAGCAAGUCGGAACUUCCAGCAAUGAUAAACAGAACUUCUGGGAAUCCUCAGGGUUCAAGAUUGUUGUGUCAAUGUCUAUGUUGGUAUUAGUCCUCUUUUCGAAGCGGUGAUAAUAAUAUAUGUAUUUAACGUUGUAUAAAGGAGAUAUGUAGCUAGCUUGUAGUCAACAUGGGGAGAGAUUAGGGAGUGCUGUAGAUUUGUACCUCACGCUCUCACAGCUGAACCCAUCAUUUUGAUCCUCAAUUAUUAGAUCAACGCAGUACUUUAGAUUAUACUAUAAUCAUAUUCUCAGAGUGCAUAAUUGCAUGCCAAAUAUCACGACACUAAUUAUUUUAGCUAGCCCCAAUCA